GGGACGGACAUACCGAAGACACCGGUGAAGGUGAACCGGAAGAGAGGAUGGGAGAGCGUCCGCAAACUGCUUUUCCCCACUUCCCGCUUCCUGGGAACGACUUGGAAAGUCGCACCUGAAGGCAGCGUGCGCGCCCUCGGAGAAGCCCUGGCGCCAUGAGGACACAGGUGUGACAGGACACGCCCCCCCGGCAGAUGUCUUCAUGUAUUGCUGCGGGCUGGGAAACUGGCGGAGCGCGCACACCACCUGUGGAGAGCGCCAGGACACGGACGCCUCCGAGGAGAGGAACGCCCAGGUUCAGUUGGAGAAAGCAAAGUACAAGGCUGUGGCCUUUGCCGUACGCUGCAACUUCUCCUACACGCCGGCGGAUGACGACAACGUGCCAGUGCCAGGCAAGGCAGUCACCUUCGAGGCCAGAGACUUCCUACACGUCAAAGAGAAAUUUAACAAAGAAUGGUGGAUUGGGCGGCCGGUUAAGGAGGACAGCGUGGUGGGCUUCAUCCCCAGUCCGGUCAACUUGGAAACCAUCCUGAUACGAAGAGAAGUCCAGGCCAGGAAGGCUGCCAAGGCCUUAGCAAACAAAGCAUCCUCACAAGUGGCUCAAGAUAUGAACUCCAAAAAGUACACGCCUCCUUCUCAAGCCAAUCAGCAGGUGAAAAAGAAGCCGGGGGAGCAGGUCUCCAUGUACGACGUUGUGCCUACCAUGCGUCCUGUGGUCCUCAUGGGACCGUCACUGAAGGGUUUAGAGGUGACGGACAUGAUGCAAAAAGCUCUGUUUGACUUUUUGAAACAUCGAUUUGAAGGCAGGAUCACCAUCACCCGGGUCACGGCAGACAUCUCCCUGGCAAAGCGCUCCAUACUCAACAACCCUGGAAAAAAAGCCUUAAUGGACCGCUCCAACACCCGCUCCCAUUUAGCUCAGAUCCAAGGAGAAGUGGAGCGAAUAUUUGAACUUGCUCGCAGCCUGCAGCUGAUUAUUCUGGAUGCAGACACCGUCAACCAUCCUAUUCAGGUGUCCAAGACCUCCUUGGCUCCCAUCCUCGUUUAUGUCAAAAUAUCUUCACCAAAGGUUUUGACCAGGCUGAUCAAGACCAGAGGCAAGUCUCAGACCAAACACCUCAACGUCCAGAUGGUGGCAGCAGACAAGCUGGCCCAGUGUCCGCCGGAGAUGUUUGACGUCAUCCUGGACGAGAACCAGCUAAUGGACGCCUGCGAGCACAUUGCAGAUUAUCUGGAGUCCUACUGGAGAGCCACUCAUCCUCCAGAGAUGGAGCCUCAUGGCAACCCUUUAGUGGCCCAGCUGGCUGAGAACACUCUGCCCACCUCCAUCGUGCCGGACAAGCAGAAGAACAAGUCUAUCGCCCCCAAGAGGAAGGGUUCCCAUGACAACCCCUCCACCCACGAUCCACCCUCAUCCCAGGAGCCGGGGGCCGACGAUGGUCCAAGGGAAGACGAGGAGGACACGCACCUUCUGAGGACGGAAGCAAAGAGAGCCCAGCAUUCGCGUCAUCAUCAUCACCACCAUCAUCAUCAUCACCACCACCGCAGGACAGAGCAGCAGAUCCAGGCCUCCACCACAGGACACGCCCACAGGCCUCCUCACAGGGUUCUCCCUGAGGAGGACGAGGAGGAGGAGGAGGAGGAGGUGGGAGGCGCGCCGGAGGAUCAUGAUCACUGUAAAGAUCGGGAUCGCCACCAUAACCGCCACCAUCAUCACCACAGUGGCAGCAGCCAGCCGCACGGCGAGGACGACUGCGAGCAAAAUGAAGGCAGCAGACAUCAGGACCAGAACCCUGCCAACAACUACCAACAUGGCACCUGCAGAGACCGGGAGAGGCUAAAGGUCAAGGAGAGAGACAGAGGCAGAGCCGUGAGGCUGAGGGACUCACAUUUCCACUAGUUGCUGAUCCACCGUGCGUACUUAUGUAUGUACGUAUGUACAUAUGUAUGUAUGUAUAUGCGUGCAUAUGUACUGUAUGUAUGCAUGUAUGUAUGUAUGUAUGUAUGUAUGUAUGUAUGUAUGUAUGUAUAUGCGUGCAUAUGUACUGUAUGUAUGUAUGUAUGUAUGUAUGUAUGUAUGUAUGUAUAUGCGUGCAUAUGUACUGUAUGUAUGCAUGUAUGUAUGUAUGUAUGUAUAUGCGUGCAUAUGUACUGUAUGUAUGCAUGUAUGUAUGUACGUAUGUAUGUAUGCAUGUACAGUCGCGGUCAAUAGUGGACAUAUACUUGUAAAGAACAUAAUGUCAUUGUUAUGAUCCGUGGCCCGGAUCAUGUCUUGUUAUAUUCUGUUAGUUUUGGACUCCCUAAGUUCCUGUUUUUGUGCACCCUUGUUUGUUUUUAGUUACCAUGGUUGCCGAUUGUUUCCACCUGUCUCUGGUUGGUGCUCAAGACGCUCACCUGUUUCCCGAGCACUAAUCAGAGGGACUGUCAGGUUCAAACACUGAUGACAUCUAUUAAACAAGACAAGAAGCAAAGAAUCAAACAGAGACAGAAUUGAAUUUGGACUCAAUUUUGAGGAGAGACGCGGCCACUGUACUCUCUACAGUCUUGCACCACGCUCUGCCAAAAGAUUGUACUCCUCCUUCUUUAUUUGACUUUCUCCCACCACCUGCCCACAGCUGCUUCCAGAGGGAAGUGGGUCGUAAACAGCGUUGCCUUCGGUUACUGAACAGUUCAAAAGAAAAAGGCCGUAAAAUAGUUCAAAAAGAGUUCCAUAAAAUAGUUCAAAGAGAGUUCCAUAAAAUAGUUCAAAGACAGUUCCAUAAAAUAGUUAAAAAAGAGUUCCAUAAAAUAGUUCAGAGAGUUCCAUAAAAUAGUUCAAAGAGAGUUCCAUAAAAUAGUUCAAAAAGAGUUCCAUAAAAUAGUUCAGAGAGUUCCAUAAAAUAGUUCCAUAAAAUAGUUCAAAAAGAGUUCCAUAAAAUAGUUCAAAGAGAGUUCCAUAAAAUAGUUCAAAAAGAGUUCCUAAAAUUGUUCAAAAAGAGUUCGUAAAAUAGUUCAAAAAGAGUUCCAUAAAAUAGUUCAAAAAGAGUUCCAUAAAAUAGUUC